GGCUACAUAAUUUCCCAGAUAUGACAAAGACUUUAUCAAAAUGAAAUAAAUCGUCAGCUAGAAAUACCAGUUACCUGGCCAACGGAGGUCACAUGAUGGAAAUCAUCUGGCUAAAAUCCAAGAUGGCGGUAGGGAUGUCAAAUUUUUAUGAGUUCAUGUUUUGCAGCUGAUUUCAGAGCUCUGAUGGUCUAGAUAAGGAUGGCGGGAAAAGUCAAAUAUGCCUGUGACAUCGAGAAGUCUGUGCUGAUCAAUAAUUUCGAGAAGAGAGGCUGGGUAAGUGCUUCUGCGGACGAGGAUUGGAACUUUUACUGGAGCAGCGUUCAAACAACAAGAAACAUCUUCAGCAUUGAGAAUGGGUACAGGCUUCAGGAUGACCAAGUCAUCAACCACUUCCCGAACCACUAUGAGCUGACCAGGAAGGACCUGAUGGUGAAGAACCUCAAACGGUACCGUAAGGACCUGGAGAAGGAGGGCAACCCUGUGUCUGAGAGGGACGAGGAGGGGAGAUACAAGUACUUAGAUUUCAUCCCGGUGACGUUCCUGCUGCCUGCAGACUACAACCUGUUUGUGGAGGAGUUCAGGAAGAACCCGAACAGCACCUGGAUCAUGAAACCUACAGGGAAAGCAAGGGGAAUUGGAAUUUUCCUGAUCAACAAGCUGUCCCAACUAAAGAAGUGGUCCAGGGACAGCAAAACUAACUCGUUUGCCGCUCCCUCUGGUAAGGACGCGUACGUGAUCUCCCGCUACAUCGACAACCCGCUUCUGAUUGGUGGGAAGAAGUUUGACCUGCGCCUCUAUGUCCUGGUGACUUCUUACCGACCACUUAAGUGUUACAUGUACCGCCUGGGGUUCUGCCGGUUCUGUACAGUGAAGUACACGUCGAGCACAAGUGAACUGGACAACAUGUUUAUCCACCUCACCAACGUGUCCAUACAGAAACAUGGGGAUGAAUACAACAAUGUACAUGGAGGAAAGUGGACCAUCAAGAACAUGAGACUAUUUCUGGAAGGGACACGAGGGAAAGAGGUGACAGACAAGUUGUUUGAUGACAUCAACUGGCUGACAGUCCACUCUCUCAAGGCUGUCUCGGGUGUGAUGGCCAAUGACAGACACUGUUUUGAAUGUUAUGGAUAUGACAUCAUCAUAGACAACAACCUAAAGCCAUGGCUGAUUGAGGUGAAUGCCUCCCCCUCGCUAACAUCCACCACUGCAGCUGACCGCAUCAUGAAGUACAACCUCAUCAACGACUCUCUCAACAUUGUCAUGCCUAACGGGGAACUGCCUGAUGUGAGAUGGAACAAAGUUCCCCCAAAGGAGGCUCUAGGCAACUAUGACCUGCUGUAUGACGAGGAUCUGGCUCAGGCAGACAUCUUGGAGAGGGACACCAAGAGCCGGCUGGGGCUGAGUGUGGGCAGCAGGGGCAGGGACACCAAGUCUUCCUUCACUGGCAGGCCUCCGCCUACUACAUGGAAGUAAUGAAAGAACAAGGAACACUGCAAGACACAGGAGCCUGGAGGCUGGACACCAAGUCGUCUUUCACUGACUGGUCACUGCCGACUAAAUGGAAGUAAGACAGAGACUGGGAACGCUACAGAACGCUUGAUCUGGACAUCAAGUCUUCUUUCACAGGCACCAACAACGACUACAUGGAAGUAGGGUGUAUAUAUAUAUAGAUGUAGUGGCUAGGAACACUACAGAAUGCUUGAUCUGGACACCAAGUAUUCAAAUAGGAUAGAGACCGGGACACUACAAAACACAUGAUCUAGACUCAAAGUCUUCUUUCACUGGCAGGCGGCCUCCUACUACAUGGAAAUGAUAAAAGAAAAAUGAACACUAUAAAACACAAUAGCCUGUCCCUAGACACCAACUCUUAUUUCACAAGCAGGCCUCAGGAAGUAGGAUAGGGACUAGGAAUGCUACAGAACACUCGAUCUGGACAUGAAGCCUCUGCCUGCUACAUGAAAGUAA